AUGGCUCGCUACUCUCUCUGCGCUCUACUUCUCUUAGCCGCCGUGGCCGCAGCCGCUGCCGCUGCGGCCAACACCGACACCGACGACAUCCUGAUCCGGCAGGUGGUGCCGGAGGGCGAGGUGGAGGACCACCUGCUGAACGCGGAGCACCACUUCUCGACCUUCAAGGCGAAGUUCGGGAAAACCUACGCGACAAAGGAGGAGCACGAUCAUCGCUUCGGCGUAUUCAAGUCAAACCUGCGCAGGGCGAGGCUUCACGCGCAACUCGACCCCUCCGCUGUCCAUGGCGUCACCAAAUUCUCCGAUCUUACUCCGGCGGAGUUCCAACGCCAGUUCCUCGGCCUCAAACCGCUCCGGUUGCCGGCGCACGCACAGAAGGCCCCCCUCCUCCCUACCAACAAUCUCCCCAAAAAUUUCGAUUGGAGAGACAAAGGAGCCGUCACUAACGUCAAGGACCAAGGUUCGUGUGGUUCGUGUUGGUCUUUCAGUACCACGGGGGCGUUGGAAGGAGCUCACUUUCUGGCUACCGGUGAGCUAUUGAGCCUUAGCGAGCAACAGCUUGUGGAUUGCGACCAUGUGUGUGAUCCAGAACAAUAUGGAUCGUGUGACGCAGGCUGUAAUGGUGGUUUGAUGAACAACGCAUUUGAGUACAUACUUGGGUCUGGGGGAGUACAGAGAGAAAAGGACUAUCCAUACACUGGAAGAGAUGGCACCUGCAAAUUUGACAAAAGCAAAAUUGCAGUUUCGGUGUCUAAUUACAGUGUGGUUUCCCUUGACGAAGAACAGAUUGCUGCAAAUCUUGUGAAGAAUGGCCCUCUUGCAGUUGGUAUCAAUGCAGUUUAUAUGCAGACAUACAUUGGUGGUGUCUCUUGUCCAUACAUCUGUGGGAAGCAUUUGGAUCAUGGGGUUCUUCUGGUGGGUUAUGGUGAAGGUGCAUAUGCUCCUAUUCGUUUUAAGGAAAAGCCUUACUGGAUCAUUAAGAAUUCAUGGGGGGAGAACUGGGGAGAGAAUGGAUACUACAAGAUCUGUAGAGGUCGAAAUGUAUGUGGAGUGGAUUCCAUGGUCUCAACUGUAGGUGCUCUACAUUCAUCCAGCAGCUAA